CUUGGCUCUGAUUCUCUCUGGAGCUCUGUGUCAUGUUCAGACAUCACAUCUGGUCGCACAACUGCUUUGUGGGAUUUUUUUUCUUUUCUUUUUUCAUUCGGGUCUUGUAUUUCGGCUCAAUCUCAAGGCAGGAAAUCUGCAUCACUGGAACUGUAAACAUAAUUUCUGAAGAAUAGGAGGAGUUUAGGAUAACGUUACACUGACGGAAUGAAAGUGCUUCGUCACUGAGAGACAGAGAGAGAGACUGCACUGUUAAAGGACAGGAGAUUAAUCACACAGAGGUGCUUUAUUAAAGAUGGCCAGCGAUUCGAACCCGGUCACUAAUGUGGGAAGUGGCUACACCAUCAUCACUCAGGUUCUUCCCUCAUCAACAGCCCCGACUACAGCCGGACAAAAUCCCUGUCAGACAAUCAGCCCACUGCAGAAAUUCCUGAAAGGAGAACCGAAAGCUCUGGGAACUGUCCAAAUAAUGGUCGGUGUGUUGACGAUCUUGUUUGGUAUCGUGCUCGCGAUCUUUCCUGAAAGCAUCAGCGUGGUCUCUGGAGUCGUGUUCUGGGGCUCGCUGUUGCACAUCAGCGCUGGUUCUCUGGCUGUUGCAGCAAACAACAAACUGAAUCGCUGUGUGGUGAAGGCCACUAUGACGGUCAAUAUUCUUAGCACAGUAGUUUCAGGAAUUGCCAUCAUCAUACUUUCCAUAGAUUUGGUGAUCGCCCCGAUGUUUGGAUACUGCUACGAUGAAGAUGAGUAUGGUUGCAGGAAUUGGUAUCUUGCAGUGAGCCAGAUCCGUGGAAUCACCGGCGUUCUGCUGCUUUUCUCUGUGCUGCAGUUCGCUGUCUCUAUUGCAGUUUCAGCUUUCACCUGCAAAGCCGUCUGCUCCAGUGAACCAACUCUGAGCAUCGUCAAUGUGGUUCAGAACCCUGAGAUGUGUGUUCCUGUGGUCAAUUCCUAUCCAGCACAACAACCUCAGCUGGGGGUCAGUACAAUGAACGCUGUCGCCAUGAGCAGUGCACCCAUGGAAAGUCCUCCAGCGUACUGCGAGAAAGGCCACCCAGAUGACUGAGGAUAAUUAGAAAUAAGAAAUGAUUCUUAACACUGUGACUUCACACACGAUGGAAAACACAACCACGUUCUGUAGUGCUUACACAACACGACUUCCUGUAACCGCUAAACACACUUUCAACAUUCAUUUAUUUUAUACGGAUAUUGAUUUGUUUGCUUGUUUGCUUCAUGAAGACUUUGCUUCUUUAAGAUUUGCUCCAGUCCUUCUGAACACUUAUAUUUUCUGGGAAACUUAAUUGUUUUCCUGGAAAAACAAAAACAAAUAAAGAAAUGUAUACCACA